AAGUAUAGUGUUGUGCUUCAAACAGCCGAAUGCAGAGAUGUUAUGCGUGCUUCCAGGUGUAGCAUCUUUGCAGUUCCUAUCGUCCCAGCCAAACUUAUCGAUCAAUUAUAUUUGCAGACCUGUCUUUAAAUUAUUUGUUUUGAUGCCCAUGAUUAAAUGUUCGUGUACAGUUCUGCAUAGUAACCUUUGUAUUUUAAGCAAUACACAAAUUUUGCUUACGAUUUUAUAAAUUCUGUGCUGCGCAGUCAACAACAUUCUAUGAGCUCACAAAACAAGGAACACGAAAGGGAGGACGGCGAGGCCUCAAGUUCUUCAGCUGCAUCGUCUUCAGAGUUAACAUCAACGUCGCAUUCAACAGACACAAUGAAGCGAGCAGCUGCCAAGAAAUUGAUAGAGCGUUAUUUUUACCAGUUAACCGAUGGCUGUGGUAACACCAACUGUGAUAAUGAAUUUUGUGCGUCGAGUGGGAAAGUUAAGUCGUUGACACCAAACCAGGCAGCUGUACAGGCCAUUCAGUUGUUCUCUCAGGAAGCACGACUUUGUGAUGCACAGCCUACAAAAGUUGCAAGGACACAGCAAACCAUGACGACCAAAAAUAAUGAAAAGGAUUCAGUGAAGGGAGAUGAUGUGACAAAGAAUGACUCGUGCAUGGGUGCAAUAACCCCAACUAAAGUAUUUACCAUUCUCAAUAAAUUGGAGACGAAUGAUUCAGCACACUGUACAGCUCAGAAGACUGUUCCUUACUUGACAGAAGAAAAAUUGAUGGAAGUAAUUAGAAAGUGUAAGGAGGCAGAUUCGUACUCCUUGCUUAUUAGGACUCUGGGUGAAGUAUACUCCAGUAUCCCAUCUCUGAGUGCAAGCUUCAGGAAGGAGCAUCCAGAUUCUCCGAUUGAUGCUGUCUUAGAGAAAGCACCCAAGAACCUGAAAAAUCUGAAGAAGGAAGAUGUGCGUAUCAUGGAGGGAGACAUGGACAAGGAUGAGGACAGUACAGAAAUGUCUUGUGAUGUGGAAGGAGCUGAGUGUCAGUCAAGUGAGAGCAAGACUAAGAGUGUGAAGGAUGAGGUCUGGAUAGACUUUGCUUCAUUGCGUCGAACUUAUGAGGCGCUUUUUACACUUCCUGUAUCGGCUUUUGAGAGUGCACUGGUGAAUGCUCUAGUGUCAUUGGCUGGUGACGUGGAACUGGAUCUUAUGUUCGGUGUACACUCUGAUGAAAUUUUACAUGCCCUUGUUGUGGUAUUUGAAAUUCCAGAACUGGGAAAGUCAGAGUUCCUUGAGGUGGCGUUACCCCAGCUUUGCAAGGCAGCCUCUCACCUGUCAGUGACGGGACAAGCGUGGCUUGCCAGAGUUUGGUCACGCCAUUGCAAGACACGGCUGAAAUCUCUGCUUGAGGCACUACAGGAACUCAUCACACGUAAGGUUCUCUCCGGUCACUUCAACCGAGAGUAUGUCGUGCAGGAUGAUGAGUACAUAACAUCAGCAACAAAGCUUAUGAAGGUCUUGUAUUAUGCGAACAUCCUCGCCGGAGAACUGGAUCCACCUGAACUACGGCAAGAAGUUCCAAACAGUAGUGGUGAUGAAGUAGAAGAGGGCCAUUUUUUUGCAGAAGCAGCAGGAGACACGAAGAAUGGAAAUCCGCAACAUUUCGAAGAUCCUCUGUCUGUUGAACUUGGUGUGAAUGUGCUAGAUUCUCGGGAACCUCAUAUACCAUUUACAGAGUUCUAUCAUGUGCUUCUCAAUGAUGUCGUAGAAAUGGACAAGGACUUCGCAUACUACAAGAGUGAUUCUACAGAUUCUUUACCACAUAUGACCAAGAAGUUUAGUUUUAUGAAACAUUCUUUCAUAUUGACACCUGCUACAAAAUCAUUGGGACUGUAUUAUGACAACAGAAUACGAAUGUAUAGUGAAAGGCGGAUGAGCUUUUUUCACACAGUUGUGGGACAACCGACAAAUCCAUUCUUGAAAUUAAGAGUUAGAAGAGACCACAUUAUAGAAGAUGCUCUUGUAGAGUUGGAAGUGGUAGCGAUGGAGAGCCCAAAAGAUUUUAAGAAACAAUUGGUUGUUGAAUUUGAAGGUGAACAGGGUAUAGACGAAGGCGGAGUGUCGAAAGAAUUUUUCCAGUUAAUUGUUGAAGAAAUAUUCAAUGCGGAUUAUGGUAUGUUCACCUUCCAGCAAGAAACUCAGACUGUUUGGUUUAACCCCACAUCAUUUGAGAGUGAUGCCCAGUUCACAUUGAUUGGCAUAGUCUUAGGUUUAGCAAUAUAUAACAACAUUAUUUUGGAUGUCCAUUUUCCUAUGGUGGUGUACCGUAAGCUGAUGGGAAAACGUGGAACAUUUUACGAUCUCCAGGACUGGAAUAAGGCACUGUACAAAGGCCUGACAGAACUACUAGAGUAUGAAGGUGAAGAUAUGGAAGAGACAUUUUUGCAAACUUUUCGAAUUUGCUAUCAAGAUGUAUUCGGUGCAACAUUGUACCAUGAACUCAAGGAAGGUGGUGAUGAAAUAUAUGUAUCACAGGAUAAUAAAAAGGAAUUUGUAGACCUGUAUGCCGAUUUCUUAUUGAAUACGUCAGUUGAAAAACAGUUCAAAGCUUUUCGAAAAGGUUUCCACAUGGUCACAGAUGAGUCACCACUUCAGCUACUUUUCAGGCCAGAGGAAGUAGAGGAAUUGGUGUGUGGUAGUAAGAAUUUUAAUUUCAAUGAACUGGAAGAAGCUACAGAAUAUGACGGUGGAUAUACAUCAGACACACCGAUAAUACGCGAUUUCUGGGAUAUUGUUCAUAAUAUGCCUUUAGACUAUAAGAGGAAGUUACUACAGUUUGCUACAGGUAGUGAUAGGGUGCCUGUUGGUGGUCUUAGCAAAUUAAAAUUAAUUAUUGCUAGAAAUGGAUCUGAUUCAGACAGGUUACCUACAGCUCAUACGUGUUUCAACGUUCUUCUGCUUCCUGAGUAUGAGACAAAGGAAAAGUUAAAUGAUAGACUUAUGAAGGCAAUAAAGUAUUCCAAAGGAUUUGGAAUGUUGUAACCCACUUCGCUUUCCUCCUAAAAUUUAGGAAACAAUUUACUUUGAAGUUCCCAUCAUGUCUAAAGAUUGUGGGAUUUGUUAAUAAACUCCUGUGAAAAUGAAAAUUUUUGGUGCAAUUUAGCAGUGGAUGAAAUAUGGUGCAAAAUGAGCUGCUCAUAAGUGUUACAUAAGUGUGUAAUAACAAUUUGUUCUAUGUUACCACUCCCUCUUGCCUCUGGGCUGUUAGUCCAGUGAUGAAUGUAAACUGAUUUGUUAAAUAUCAGUGACAGUUUCCUGGUGGUGUUUAGUAAAAAAAUUAUUAAUACUACUGACAGUGUCUAAAUAUGGAGGUAUCUGCAAAAUACUACUGUAAUUAACUUUGUACAAAGUGCUAAGAAUAUUGUCAUCUUCAGUGAAGCUUUUAUGAACAUGGGGAGGAAGAAUGAGGUGCCUGUUUAGUGUGUUUGUAUGAAUGAAAUUCACAGUGUAUGAUUCAUUUUGUGUGUGAUGACUAAUUAAUUUGUCUCUUGUACAUUUUCCAAAAUUUUGAGGCAGCUAUUCUGUUUCCCUCCAGAAAAGUGCAAAAAAAAAGGAAUGACUUCAUAUCCUUACAAAUUUGCUUCAUAUCUGGUGCACAUACACACACAAACUAAUCUAUUACCUGUCAUGUUUACACAUAAAGUUUCCAAUUUUUGAAAUGAGGAUAGUGGACAAUUGAAUGAAAUUAUAAAAAUAAAAUAUUUUUGUGAAGAAAUGCUUAUUUUAAGUGUGUACAUUUAAAGAUGAAACUUUUUCAAUAUAUGUACAGUGAGAUGUUAAAACUUACAUUUAGUGUAAACUUAUUUUUAAUAAACAAUGUUGCCUGGUAAAUACAAUUUUAGAAAUGAAAUGACCAUUUCCAAGAAUUCUGAUGUGGUCCUACAAAGAGACUGAUAGUUUACUGCUCUCAUGUUGAUUUAGACGAGUCAACAACAAGAAUGUUUCUGUAAUAAAUAAUUUUUGAACUAUUUAUAAUAAGUUUUGAUACAGUAAACUAGAUAUUUUAUUCAUCAUAUUUAAUUAUUUCGAAACAGGGCUGUGCUCAUUUGUAAAUAAUUUUUCAUUUGUAAUAAAUAGAUUUAAACUUUCAUUCAAAUUUUUCCAACCUACAUUUUUGCAACAGGAAUGUUUAAAGUUAUACUAUUCUCAGUUUUCCUUUUUCCUUGUGCUCAAAUUUCACAAAGUGAGAAUUACUGGUAGUAUUUGACCUUUUUUAUUAUCUUUAUUGGUUUGCAUUCUAUGAGAAAUGCUAUUUUAUUUGGUAUAGUAGUAUGUUACUGUCAGUCCUAGACUGUUAUUUCAUUCUGUUUCUUGUAUUUGUAAUUUGCUUUCAUUUCAGUCUUCAUUGUGUAAAAUAGCUGAAGCAUUGUGACAUCCUCAAACUACUUUCAAUUUAUGAAUUCUAAGCUUUAUGUAAAAGUUAGAUUGUUAAUGUACAUUUGAUUUGUGAGAAGCAUGUAAAGCUGUUAAUAAAUCUUGUAGAAAUGGUU